AUGGACAGCCAUGAUUAUUUCAUCAGCUGGGGAACGGAGUAUUCCGUUGAAAUACAGCGAUUUGAAGUCCUCCAGAAACUCCGCGCAAGCUUUCUCAAUUCCUAUCAAGAGGUACUUGACAGACGACAAACGUUCACGCAGUUUUUUUCUCUUCGUUCUUUGAGAAGUUGCGAGCUGGAGAAGGAGUUGGAAAAGAGGAUGGGCUGUAAGCCUAUUUUCUUGGGUGCUCCUACGAGCGGUACGCCUGUUGGUUGGUUAGACAUUGUCCGUCACGGCAGGUUUCAACGACAAGACGAUAGUUGCUACCAAUGCACCAUUCAGGGAAGAUCUAUAAAGCUUGACCGGCAACUACAUAGCUUGGUCGAGUUCUGCCGCAGCCUUGCCCUCGAUGUUUCCAAAUCGCAGCCGCAUCAGGAAGACGUGCAAAGAGAAUUCAGGACAAAUUUGGGAAUACUGACUGAUCUCGAGAACGAAAUCAAAGACCUGGAGGGCUAUCGGGAGAGAUUAGAAGAGCUUAUACACUCCAUGAAGUUCCGCCAGAGCAAGAUAGAACUCUAUUUAGGCUCUGGUAAGAGUUCCCCUUCGUCAAAGGGUCUUUUGGGCGAACAUUCGAUCCCAGACGAGCCAAAUUCGAGUCCAUCUGGUAAAACUCACCAGGGACCAAUACUGGACUCCUCGAAUAACUCAAACAAAAAGGGAACACCUUUCUGUUCCGAUUGUGAAGGUCCUGCCCCAACAAUUUUGGACAGCUGCGCCGAAAAUACGAGCGAAGACGAGUUGGACAUUAAGGCUCCCGACGGAGAUAACGCAGGCAGCGAUGUCUCUAGCGAUGACACGCCAGGAGCAGAGACUUCUAGUGACAAGAACUCGAGGGAGAAAGAGGCGAGAGACGACAGUCCCAAAUAUUGCUCAGGUCAAAACAACAUCGUCAGCCUUAAACAUGGUAGCAAUUCUUCAAAGCUUGCAGGCCUCAUUGCUCCCGUGAACACAGCGUUCUCGGAGAAUCGAUUUUCGAUGUCCGGACCAACAGAAGAAGAGCAGACUGUCCCGAUGAAUUCUUCAUUUUCUCGAACCGUUGUGGAAAAGCAAAAACAACCCAUGUCCUCUCAAGUCUCCAUAGGCGUUGGGCACAAUGUGGCCCUCGAUCAGCCAGUGCUCUCUGCCCGCGCAUCCAAACGACAGAAAUUGGAUAGACCUCGGCUUGGCAGCGAUUCUGAGAAAUUGAUCGCUGUAGCUUGGAUGAAGUCCAAUUGGAACAAAGGAUGGACCCAGAAAAGAUUUGAAAUGGAAUACGGCAAAGUUUUUGGCCGCAAGCGAGUAUACUCUUCCCUCAAGCGGUGGAUAGAGGACCAAGAUGGGCAUCUACCUCCAAGACGGGAUGAAACUGAGGCAUUAGAUGUCCCAGCUUCGCAUUUCCGUGAGACAUCAUGGAAUGUCAUUCCUUCCUGGCCAACACCGUGCCCUCCAAAUGCGCAGAUCACAAUCCCAGAUUGCCUUGCCAAUGGCUCUUGGAACCAGUCAUACAACUUGGUGACAGCUCACGGUCCACCCUCGGUCCCCCGUUCAGUCAACCAGAUCACGAGUGGACUUCCAAACUUGCUAGACUAA